GGAACAACGUCAAAAAGUCAGUAAUUUAUUUUUUAGUGCUUUACACAGUAUAUUUAUAUAUUCUGGCUACCCUGAAGCGAUUUAACCAUUAUUAUAAGGUACGCAGCGAAUCCAGACGAUUCUAUAGUGGCUAAACACUUCCAUGGAACCCCAAAUUGACCGUGCAAAAUCUGAUAGUUUAGAUGUCGAAUUCCGAAAAAUUCUCGCUACAAUCAGGGAGCAGAUUCCUAGUAUAAAUUCAAAUGCUUAUUUGAUGCAAUGCAGACUAUGGCUGGAGAAACUAAGUAAUCCAGACUUGGAGAAUCAAGAACUUAGAAAUUUAUAUUUGGCGCAACUUUGUAAGCAAAUUGGUGAAAACAAACUUUUGCCACCUUUUAAUGAAGCACCUCCGAAAGGAAAUUUGAAGAACUUUAUUAAAAGUGACUUGCAUUGUUCAUCUGAAGAAGGUUCAUCCUAUAGCGUAGAUGAAAUUGGUAACAAUAUCCAUUGGUUGAAAACUCAUGAAAAACCAUUCCUCCUCAACAAUGAAACUACAAUAAAAAAUAAAAAUAUGUGUGGAGGUGAACCAGCAGGACCAUUAAUGGAAAUUGAAUCAAAGGAAACAAUUAUUACAGAUGAAACUGAUUCAUGGUCCGAUUUAAGUGAUGAAAGCUUUGAACAAAAAGUUAAAAAUGAUGUUCAAAGUAAAGACAUAAAGAAAAUUACAAAAGAUAUUCAAAAAAACAAUAUCCAUAUGGGUUCUACUACAAAUUUACUCAGUGAUCCUAGUUUUCUUUCACAAGAUUGGAAAAAGACAAUUGCAGCUUUGCAAUUACGCUUAUCCGAAAUGAUUCAUCAAAAUGACGAAUUGAAUCGGAUCAUUCAAAAAUUGGAAGUCGACUUGGAGCAAAGUAACGCCAAAAUUAAGUCGCAAAGUCAGCAUAACGUACAAAUUUUGAAACACCUCCACAGUCAAGAGAUUGAGCAAUUGAAAAAUGUGCAGACCGAAACAAUUCUGCAACUGGAAGAAACAUUGCAGGAAAAUUAUGUCAAAUUAAUGCAAGAUUAUGAAAAAAAAAUUGAUGAUGUAACCAGUUCUUAUGAAUUCAAAAUAUCGGAAACUAAACAACAAAAUGAAGAUGCAAUCAAAAACAAAGAUAAUGAAAUCGAGAGGUUGUCAGAGAUCAUACAAAAUCAGUGCUUGAGAAUUAUGAAUGAUAUUUCAAGCCUCAAAGACCAAGUAUCAAAUUGUAGCUGUGACAAAAAAGUAAAUGUAUUGAAAAAAUGUGUAUCCAAAAUAGAUAGGCUUUUUCAAAAAUCCGAACAAGAAUAUGUUAAACAAAUUCAACAAUUAAAGCAAGAACUCGAAUUGAAAGAAAGUAGUUUACAGGUUCAAUUAAAAAUCCAAAAAGCUGAAGUCGUAGCUCAAACAAGAACCGGCCAAAAAGAAGAAUUCGAGGAAAUAUUGAACACUUUGGAAAUAAAAUACAUAAAAAUGUUGGAGGCACACGAAGAACAAAUUAUGGAAACGAAAAAGAGAGACGAUCAAAAAAUCCAGUACUUGACGGGUCUGCUUCUUAGACAUGGCAUUAUUUUUGAUGAAUAAUAUAGAUUCAUUUGUUGCAUGAUCAUUUUUUUUAUUAGUAUUAUUAUCUUAUCUACAUAUAAAACACAGUUGGGUUGGUUCUAACACUUAUAACUCGAGAACGGCUGGACUGAUUUUUAUGAUUUUUGCUUUAUUGGAUUCGUCUUUGUCCCUAAUAACAUAAUAAAUCGGAAAAAUCCAAAAAAAAAUCCAAAAAACAAAACUACUUAUUUUACUUAUUUAUGAAAAAAAUUCACUAAGUCCGCAUAUGGAGCCAUCUCUUAUAACCGAUACCAAGUUUACCGCUACAUUUUCAUUGCAAACCAUUUUGCAUACGGC